CGGAGCCGCGGGGCGGGAGGCAGCGCGGGAGCGCGACGUUGAGGGGCGGCCUAGUCUGGGGCCCGUGGCUUGCGUCUUCUGGCCGAGCCGCCGCUCCUGCACACCGUGUGGGGCCGCCGCCGCCGCCGCCGCCUGGCUGUGGGUGCUGGAGCGGCCGGGCGGCGACCCGGGGCUCUGGUGCGGGCGACGUCUCCGCGGCGGGCAUCCCCCGAGGCCGCCCUCUGGCCAUGAUCGACUCGGUGAAGCUGCGCCGCGACAGCGCGGGGGACUUCUUCUCGCACUACGAGUACCUGUGCGCGCUGCAGGACGCGGUGCCGCUGCCCGCCGUGCGCGCCUGCCUGCGGGAGGGCGUGCUGGACUUCAACGCCGACCGCCUCCGCGCCGUGGACUGGGCGCCCCUGCUCAGCACCCUCAAGAUGAAUAAAGACCUGCCCUUGAUCUCUAUCAAGAGCUUCUUCCAGCCGUGGCUUGGGGAAACAGGUUCUGACAUAAAUAAAGUUUACAGAAGUCGUGUUCCUGCAAUAAGAUUCAAAGAUGUGACCUUCCAGUUAUGUAAAGCUCUUAAAGGCUGCUUAAGUAUAUCAAGUGUGCUAAGGAACCUGGAGCUAAAUGGACUAGUUCUGAGAGAGAGAGAUUUAACUGUUUUAACAAAGGGAUUGAAUAAAUCGGCUUCUUUGGUGCACCUGUCUCUUGCAAAUUGUCCAAUUGGAGAUGGAGGUUUAGAAAUUAUUUGUCAAGGUAUAAAGAGCUCUAUCACUCUUCAGACAGUCAACUUCACGGGGUGUAAUCUGACAUGGCAGGGAGCAGAUCACAUGGCCAAGAUCUUAAAGUAUCAGACCAUGAGAAGGCAUGAAGAAACCUGGGCUGAGAGUCUGCGCUAUAGGAGACCUGAUCUUGACUGUAUGGCUGGCUUAAGGCGUAUCACGUUGAAUUGCAACACGCUCAUUGGUGACAUAGGUGCAAGUGCUUUUGCAAACUCUCUCAGUGAGGAUUUGUGGCUGAGAGCACUUGACCUGCAACAGUGCGGCCUCACCAAUGAAGGAGCAAAGGCUUUACUGGAGGCCCUUGAAACCAACAGAACCCUUGUUGUUCUGGAUAUAAGAAAAAAUCCACUCAUUGAUCAUUCUAUGAUGAAAGCAGUUAUCAAAAAAGUUCUCCAGAAUGGAAGGAGUGCUAAGUCAGAGUACCAAUGGAUAACUUCUCCAUCAGUGAAGGAACCACUGAAAACUGCUAGACAGAAAAAGAAAACUAUAAUUCUAGGAAGUGGUCGAAAAGGAAAAGCUACUAUUAGAAUUGGAUUUGCGACAAAGAAACCUGUAUGUAGUGGAAGCAAACACUCCCUUGGUAAAGAACACUAUGCUCCUACACCUCUACCACCUGGUGUGUCUGGUUUCUUGCCGUGGCGUACUGCAGAACGUGCAAAAAGGAACAGGGGCUUUCCAUUAAUCAAAACUCGUGAUAUACAUAAUCAGUUGCAGCAACCAGGUUUUCCUGUGACUGUGACAGUUGAGAGUCCUUCAUCCUCGGAAAUUGAAGAGGUUGAUGAUUCUUCAGAAAGUGUUCAUGAAGUGCCUGAGAAAACCAGUUUAAAACAAGAAGCAUUACAGGAAAAACUGGAGGAGUGCCUAAAGCAGUUAAAGGAGGAAAGAGUGAUAAGGCUUAAGGCAGAUAAACGAGUCAGUGAGCUGGAACAUGAAAAUGCCCAGUUAAGAAAUAUAAAUUUCUCUUUGUCUGAAGCCCUUCAUGCACAGUCAUUGACAAACAUGAUCCUGGAUGAUGAAGGUGUUUUGGGCAGCAUUGAGAAUUCUUUUCAGAAGUUCCAUGCUUUCUUGGAUCUCCUUAAAGAUGCUGGACUGGGGCAGCUUGCCACAAUGGCUGGUAUAGAUCAGUCAGACUUUCACUUACUAGGUCAUCCCCAGAUGAAUUCUACUGUUAGCAGUGUACCUAGAGAAGAAAAGAAGGCCCUUGAAGAAGAAAAACCAGAACCAAAGCAGAAUGCCCUAGGAAAAAUUGAAAAUAUCGAAGUUUCUAUUUGUAUGCAGUCAGCUUACAGUGAAGGAACACUAAUGAAGUUUCAGAAAAUUACAGGUGAUGCUAGAAUUCCCUUGUCUGUCGACUCAUUGCCUGUACCAGUUUCUACUCAGGAGGCCUUAGUAACGUCCAAAGACAGCCUGGGAGUCCCAGCCACCGAGCAGCAGCAGGAGCCUUUCGAAGGAUUCGUUGCUAGAACGUGUUCUCCUUUAGCAGAUGUGAUUUCUGGAACUGGAAGUCAAAGAAAAGAAGAGGAGUUCUCCAGAAAGAGCAAAUCUUCUUCAGAGAAAAUGACCAAAACAGAAUUCCAUUGAAAUGGCUGGAGAAAUACUAAAUAUAAAUUAAUAGCAGAGUUGGAAAACCAGAAAUUGAACAAUGUGGAAUUUCUAGAAGAUAAAAAGCAGAUUAUGGAAGGACCGAUUAGUUAAAGAGUGGAAGAGCUAAGCCAUUCCACUUAUCCUUGGAGCAUCUGGUUCUGGAAUUUGCCACCAGGCUAAGAAAGUGGCUAUCUGAAGGGGGAGAACUGACUCAGGAAACACUGGGAUUGGAGAAUAAGGGCAUUAUCCAAAAUGACUACAAGGAAGAACUGAAGUUAAGCUGCCCACAUUGUAUCUCUUUGGCUGUGUUGACCUGCCACUCCCCUUUAUAAUCACCAAAGGUGCCUAUAAUCACAACUUGUGAUCAUGGAAAAUGCACCAGAAUUGUCAUUUGGUUGAAGAAAAGAACUCCAAACUUUACUCUUAGGCCUCAUCUAUAAAUAUGGACAGCUAAGAACCAUCAGGUUUGAAGAAAACCAGUAACAUAAAAGGAGGCGUGAAAUUAAAACAAGUUAUUAACAAUAACCUGUUUAAGAAAAUAGUUACUAGGAGAAACAGAAGAAAUUUUAAAAUUAAUACAAUGAAGAUCUUCAGCAAUUCAUAAGGAUAUGGUGUCCAUAAAGAAUAGGAGGCUAUGAAAAAUAUUUGGAGUUUCUGGAAAUUAAAAUUUUGAUUAUAGGGAUAAAACAGAAGAUGGACUAGAUAGCAGAAUGGAUUCAGUUGAAGCUUAAGUUUAUGAAAUGGAAAAUUUCAUUGAGGGAUCCCUUUAAUAUGUACUGCAAAGGGGACAAAAUAUGAAAGUUACGAGAAUUGUAGGAGAACACACUAAUUGACAGUAGAUGCACAAAUAUUGAAUUAAUGAGGACACAUAG